CUCAUUUAAAUUUAAUUAAAUCAAACGAAUCAUUCGAAUAUGCCGCAAAAGAGGCGCGAAUUGUCGAUUCUAAAAAGAAACAUGGGAGUAGACGUGAAAAGUCGUAUAAUAACAAAGGACCAGAAUGCCGCAUGCGCAGCAUUCUAACGGCAAACGUCAAAUGUAGAUAUUUUGGACUUCGCCAAUUGGAUCUCACCCUACUCUCACAACUGUGGGCCCUCAAUGAUUCUAUACAAGAAUUUCGCACCAUGAUACAGGAGAAUGAGCAAGAAGACGAUGAGACAUACUCGACCCAUUCACGUUCACCCUCACCCUAUGAUUCCGUAUCAUCCGACGGCGAUGAUGAGAUAUCAGCGUUGAAGGGUAAAAAACUCUUAGAUAUGCAAAAUGCCAAUAACAAUGCCAGUGUUAUUACAACCCAACCGAAAUUAACGCCUAAAUCCUAUGGCUCAGAAAACGAAACGACCACUAAACAACUCGCCAACAAUCGACAAUCAACAACGUCAAGCAUGGGUAGUAGUGUUGGUGGUGGUGUUGGCAGCGAUAUGGCAACAUUCUCCGAUCAGAGGUCCCAUUUGAUGAAGCCACCGUUGCCAAAACCGCUGGAUGUCAAGCCUGUGCCACGUAUGCGUAGUGCGCCACCACCACCACCCACGCAUCGUAAGAGCCAAAAUGCACCGCCCCGACCCACAUGA